CUAAAAUAUAAUAAAUUUAUCUUAAACAGUGAUCAUACGUGGUUCAAAGAAUGGAAAACCACAUUCAGACCACGACUGAUCACUGGAUAAGGCCUCUAAUAUGUUUACUCAUUGUGAUGAGUACUCAAGUCCAUGGCUCUCACAUGGUUGAUAUCACAUUGCUUAAAAGUGCAGUUUCGAAAGGAGCAGUUUGCUUGGAUGGAAGCCCGCCAGCUUACUUCUUGCAAAAGGGGUCUGGAGAAGGAGCUGAUAAUUGGUUGGUUUAUCUUGAGGGUGGCGGGUGGUGUGCCUCACACGAUGGUUGUGACCAGCGAAAAAGAACGGGAAUUGGGAGCUCCAAUCUUAGGAAAGGAGCUCUUUAUUUCGGGCAAAUAUUGAGUUCAGAAAAAACCAUUAAUCCAGAUUUCUAUAAUUGGAACAUGGUUUCCGUCGUGUAUUGUGAUGGCUCAUCGUAUACGGGAAACGUCAAAGGAAACACCGACAUUAAACGUAGGGGUGCAAGGAUUUUUGACGCUAUCAUGGAAGAUCUGUUAGCUAAAGGAAUGAAGAACGCAAAAAAUGCCAUACUUUCCGGUGGCUCAGCUGGCGGACUAGGAACCAUCUUGCACUGUGAUGGCUUCCGAGCACUCCUACCUAGUGCUAGUAGAGUAAAGUGCAUUUCCGAUUCUGGGUUCUUUAUCCAUGCAAAAGAUCUACCCGGAGCUAAGAAGAGAGAACAAUUAUUUAGUUUUAUAACCGCAUAUCACGGAAUAACCAAGUCUUUGCCCGCAUCCUGCACGUCGAAAAUGAGCCCGGGUUUGUGUCUUUUCCCUGAAAACAUAGUCAAAGACAUUCAAACUCCAUUCUUCUUCCUCGAAUCAGCUUUUGAUGACCAUCAGUUAAAAAAGCAUUUCUUUUCAAAUGAUCCCACCUGGAGAAGUUGCACUAGGAAUUUAAAAGUUUGCACACCAACUCAAUUACAAACGAUGAAAGAUUUCCGUGCGGCCAUGAUAAAAACGUUGCGAAAAGUUGCUAAUUCUAAAACUACUGGAAUUUUCGUUCACUCUUGCUAUCGUCAUGGUCACUUCUACGACAAAGAAUUCUGGAAGCACUCGCCUGUAUUGGGAGAUAAAACAAUCGUUAAGGCCAUCGGUGAUUGGUACUUUGAGCGGAGCUCUGUCCAAGAAAUAGAUAUCCAAAAUGAGCUGCCACAAAACUGCACUAAGCAUGCGUAAAAUAUUGGGCAAGCACAAAAUUUCAUUCUUCUUGUAUUAGUAAAUGAAAAAUCACCAAAAUGGAAUAAUUGGUGAAUUUUUCACCAGUAGGAAUUUAUUACAUACAAGUUUAUCAUGUAAGCUUGUCCAUUGUAACGAUGACCAUAUAUAUGUGAACUGUCAAAGGCCAUGCAUUAUGCCACAUA